UGUCCCCAGGAGAGCGUGUACUGGGAGAACAAGUGUGGGGCCCGCAUGAUGCGGCGCCUGCUGUCCCAGCACACCCUGACCGACUGUCCCAAGCGCACCCAGCCCUGCACCUACUGUGCCAAGGAGUUCGUCUUCGACACCAUCCAGAACCACCAGUACAAAUGUCCCCGGUACCCCGUGCCCUGCCCCAACCAGUGCGGGAUGUCCAGCAUUGCCCGGGAGGACAUGCCCACCCACCUCAAGGAGAGCUGCAGCACUGCCAUGCUGCUCUGCCCCUUCAAGGAGGCUGGCUGCAAGCACCGGUGUCCCAAGCUGGCCAUGGGCCGGCACCUGGAGGAGAGCACCAAGGCACUCAUCUGGAAGAUCGCUGACUACGCCCGCAAGCUGCAGGAGGCCAAAGCCCGCAGCAACUACGAGUUCUUCAGCCCCCCUUUCUACACCCACAAGUACGGCUACAAGCUCCAGGUCUCGGCUUUCCUCAAUGGCAACGGGAGCGGGGAGAGCAGCCACCUCUCCAUCUACAUCCGUGUGCUGCCCGGCGAGUACGACAACCUGCUGGAGUGGCCCUUCUCCUACCGCGUCACCUUCUCCUUGCUGGACCAGAGCGACCCUUCGCUCUCCAAGCCCCAGCACAUCACCGAGCCCUUCCCCCCCGAUCCCAACUGGAAAAACUUCCAGAAGCCGGGAGCCUCGCGCAGCUCCCUGGACGAGAGCACCCUAGGCUUCGGCUACCCCAAGUUCAUCUCCCACGAGGACAUCAAGAAGCGGAACUAUGUGCGGGACAACGCCAUCUUCAUCAAAGCCUCGGUGGAGAUUCCCCAGAAGAUCCUCGCCUGAGCCCUGGUG